AUGAUGCACCCACUGUUCGGUGUACAGCCUGCAGGUUCUCUGCCUGUCACAUAUCCUCACGACGUAAUGCUAGACGACCACACACAACAAAUGGCAUGUUCGCAAGCUUCGCGGAGGUUUUCACGAGGAUCCAAUGGUCAACGAUCGGGAAGUUCUAUGCGAGUAGUCAAACCUACAAGCGCCAACAACAGCCCUCGCUCCUCUAGCUUGAUGGCUCGUCGAAAGACUCUUAUGAAUGACGGCAACUCGCAACGGCGGCAGCAGCAAAUUAUGGAACAGUUAUCCACGUUCUGCGAUGUUGAGCCACAGCAAACUUUCCAAAGAUCCUCACGUCCCGUGAGCUGGCAUCCGAGCUCCUAUGGUCAACAAUCCCAAGCUCAAGUGCAGCAACCUAUGUACGCACUGAACUCCAGUCGUUCACAUGCCGACCAGCAUGACUACUAUGGAAACUACGCUCAUUACUCCCCAAUGAUGAGCUCAACUUCAUGUGGUACCUCUCCCUUGGCUUUCUCUCAACCCCCACUGCCUUACCAGUCUGCGGACGGUAUGGCUUACAACCCUUACGAAGGAACCAGCAUGUCCCAACACUCACCAGGUGCUUCUAUGGCGAUGGAUGGUGGCCGCAUGCCCGUGACAUCGGCACCUGUUGACACUUCAUAUAACAAUGGAUGGGACUGGAACACCUUCAUCGUGCAUGGAUUCGGGUCAACAACACCUCCAACGCCUGAAACUCUACCCCAGACCCAACUUGCCCAACCUGCAGUAUCUGAGGAUCUUCACUACCAGGCUCUGGAAGAUGCUCCGGAAGAGGAAGGCGAGAUUCUCGUUGGCAUGGGUCUUUACGACGCCCCGGAAAAGUACACCGAGGACCCGCAGCUCAACAACUACCGAUCCACAGUAUCAUCUCUGCUUGGAUCGUCUUUCAGGAGCCACGAGCCAAGAGGCAAAGGCUUGAAACUUGAAGAGACUUGGGAACCCCCAAAAUCCGAUGAAGAGGAGGAUGACGAAUAUGAAGUGGAGGAGGAGGAGGAAGACGACGAGUAA